AUGACACCUCCCCUUCGACGUGUUUCCGCUGCAAUCCUUGAGGAUGCAGCUACCCGCUACUCCAACUACAGACCCUGUGUGUUUUCGUACAUGCACUCGCGACCUGGGGGUCUAUACCAGGAACCUCAUCAAGACUAUGCAUACGAAGUGCGAGCUGCUGUGCAUGCCCGCUACCCGGGCAGCAUUCCGGCUAGUGUUAUUAUUGCCAUCCAACCCGGGACACGACUGCGGUUGUUUCCCCGCUGCUUUGACUUUGCCCGCCCUGAAAUGGAGAUUGAAUUGGAGAUCCCUACUGGAUAUGCAGCUGUGCUUCGUGGCGAUUUAUUUCAUAGUGGUGUGGGGUAUACUACUUCCGACUAUAGGCUUCAUUGCUAA